AUGGAUUUCCCAGCGUCCCGCUCCGAUGAAAUUCCAGAGGCGGCUUUGUCGAAGUUGGGUGCUGCUAGUGAUGGACAUAGCUCUGACCUCCUGUUUGAAGAGACGUCUUGGCAACGUGAGGUUUUUCGAGUGCCUUUGUCCGGGUGGCGCCCGGGUACUGAGGUUCAGAGGUGCGUAAGCGCGCUUCUUACUGGAAAGUCUGAGCCGGUUCUGCUGAGCGAGAUCAAUGAGGAUCCCGAGGUUAGAAGGCUGCUUGCAAAGGAGAAUCUGACUGCCAUCAGCAGAGAAUGGCUGGGGAAGAACUAUGAGGCGUUUGAAGUUCUCAACGUGCACGACGAUGCAAGCAUCAGCGUGAGACUGCGCGCAGUGGACGAAGGUACCCAGUUGGAACAACAAAUUGAGGUCGUCCGAUCUGAGCUGGAAGAAUUCCAGAGGCAAAAACACAAGGCCAUCGCCCAGGAGCAGUACCUCCAAGCUGGUGAAAUCAAGAAGCGCUGCGAGGCGGCUGAAGCAGAACUGGCUUCACUCAUGGCCUUGGUGGGUGAGGAGGAGGGAAAGCAAGAAGGCCUGGGUCUUCUAC